AUGGCCUGCCAAAGCAAUUCUGCACCCACCGAAACCUCCAAGCAUGAUGUUGGUUGGAGGAGGGUUGUCCGUCAUUUCACGCCCUCAUGGUUCUCCGUCACCAUGGGCACCGGAAUAGUGUCCAUCCUCUUGAACACUCUACCCUACAACGGCCAAUGGCUCUACUGGAUCUCCGUCGUGAUCUUCGCCCUGAACGUCCUGCUCUUCGCGACGGGAUGUAUUAUCACACUUCUCCGCUACACGCUGUACCCGGAGAUCUUCUUCGCGAUGAUCCGACACCCCGUGCAGUCGAUGUUCAUCGGCACCUUUCCGAUGGGCUUCGCAACCAUCAUCAACAUGUUCUGCUUCGUCUGUGUCCCGGCCUGGGGCGAGUGGAGCAGGAACUUUGCAUGGGGACUCUGGAUCUUUGAUGCUGUCUUCUCCGUGAUCACGGCAUUGUCAUUACCUUUUCUGCUGUACGCGAGCCUUCACAACCACCGUAUCUUCUUAACACUCACGCUCAUUCGCAUGUCGACCAGGAUGGCUCAUGGGAGUGAGACCCAGCUUUCGUCGAUGACCGCGGUGUGGCUUCUGCCCAUCGUCAGCUGUAUCGUUGCCGCGUCGUCCGGGGCCAUCGUCGCGGACGUGCUCCCCAACCCCCAGCACGCUCUGUGGACGGUCCUCGUGAGCUACAUCCUGUGGGGCAUCGGCCUGCCGCUCGCCCUCAUGGUCAUGGUGAUCUACCUCCAACGGCUCACGCUGCACAAACUGCCCCCGAAGGCGGUGAUCGUGAGCGUGUUCUUGCCCCUGGGCCCGCUCGGGCAGGGCGGAUUCGGCAUUAUGAAACUCGGUUGCGCAGCGCAGACGAUCUUCCCGCAAACCCAGACGCUGGAGGCCGGGUCCGGCUCCGGUGCGGUGUUCUACACAAUGGGCUUCCUGGUCGGUCUGAUCCUCUGGUCAUUCGGACUGGUGUGGCUCUUCCUGGCGAUUGCCUCGAUUGCACGGUGCCGCAGCUUCCCCUUCAAUAUCGGGUGGUGGGGGUUUACCUUCCCGCUGGGGGUGUUUGCGACGAGUACCUGUCAGCUGGGGAAGGAGUUGCCGUCGGAGUUUUUUCGGGUGUUGGGCACGAUUCUUUCGGUCUGUGUGGUGGUGUUGUGGGGAGUGGUGGGCGUGGGCACGUUGCAAGGGGUGCUGUCGGGCCGGUUGUUCUUUGCGCCUUGUUUGGCCGACUUGAAGGCGAGGGAGGGGGAGGGGGAGGGGGAGGAUGGGUCGAAGAGUGCUUGA